AUGAGGAGGGACGUGAUGGAAUUCGAGCGUGUUCUUGGUUACUUUGACGAAGACGGCGACAGAAAGAUUUCGCUGAGCGAGUUAAGGAGUAGAAUGAGUAAGAUUAGUGGUGAGUUUGAAUUGAAAGAAGCAGAAAUUGCAAUUGAGUCAUUGGAUUCUGACGGUGAUGGUUUAUUGAGUUUGGAGGAUUUGAUAACCCUAAUGGAAUCAGUGAGCGAGGAUGAGAAGUUGAAGGAUUUGAAGGAAGCAUUUGAAAUGUAUGAUAGUGAAGGAUGUGGAUUCAUAACACCAAAGAGUUUGAAGAGAAUGUUGAAUAAAUUGGGAGAUUCUUCAAAGUCUAUUGAUGAAUGUAAGUUGAUGAUUGGGAGGUUUGAUUUGAAUGGGGAUGGUGUGCUUAGUUUUGAAGAGUUCAGAAUUAUGAUGGAAUGA